AUGACGAUGGAAUGGGAAGAGAUGGUUUUCUUGACGAAUUCCACAGAGGCAGAUGAAGCUUCUCCAGCGCCGGAAGCUGAUGAUGGCGAUAUGUAUCCGAACAGAAAGGCAGCUACGAUCAUCGGAAUUACAAAACGAGAGUUUGUCAUUGCCGUACGGUUUUCGUCACCGAAUUUCCCAACGAUCUGCGAAUCUACGACAGAAACUGAUUCUUACUCCCCGAAACAGAUCAGUGAUUUGUGCAUUCGAUUGACUAACUCCGAUCUGUGCUUUGCUUCGAUCGGUGAGUGGAUUUGUGGGUUUGGUUGGUUUGCUCCGAUCAGUGAGUGGAUUGGUGCGGAGAGUGGAUUUGAUCAUGAUUAA